AUGCGGGCCCCGCCAGUGGCCGUGGACUCCGAGCCGCAGCCGGAGCAGCCGCCGCCGGGAACUUCGCGGGACUUCGACGCAUGGCGCGCCGACGGGAAGGCGUGCUCUCUCAGCCUCCUGCUUGACGCCUACAGCGGCGGCGGCGCGGCCAAGGGCGAAAGCCCGACCGCCGCCCCUCGCGACGGGCAGGCGCGUUCCCUCAGUCUCGUGGCCGUGGCCGACAGCUACAGGAGCAGCGGCGGCAUGUCCACCAGCGACGCCUGCAGCCUCGGCGGCACGUCCACGGCCGAGGGCCCAGCCGCCGGCGAGGGCCCGCCGGCUGCCUCCGCAGCCGCCCGCCCCCACGCGGAGGCCGCCGCGGGGCUCCGCCGCCCGCCCUGCGGCAGCGGCCGCGGCGAGCUCCGCAGAGCGCGCGCGUUCAGGACGACGAGCAGCCGCAGCAGCAGCAGCAGCAGCAGCAGCAGCAGCAGCAGCUCCGGCAGCGGCAG